AUGGUUCCUGGAUCUAAGUUACCUUGUAAGUCUGAUACCCCUAAUAUAUUUAUAAGAUUCAUACGAACUGUAUUUGGAUAUCGUAAGACCACCUUGACUUUAUUCGUGGUAUUAUCUUUAGUGUUUACCUUCUUAUUUUCAUGGUAUGAUAAUAAUUUGGAUUAUUCUGUUGCCUUACCAACAGACCCAAAGGAAAAACUAGUACUUGAUGAAGCUUGGUUUGACUUACAAAAAAUCGCUAAAUAUGAACAUACUUAUGGUUCUACUAGUAAUGAUUAUGUUCAUGAUUAUCUUCAAUCUCAAAUCCUUUCUGCUAUCAAAGGUAAAGCUUAUAUCGAAUAUGAUAAUGACUUAAAUGGUACAAAUUCCAUCUUAUUUAGUACAAGAUCUUCCCCUGAAUACAGUUCUGUUUCAUAUUAUGAAAGUAAUAAUUUAAUCGUUAGAAUUAAUGGUUCUGAUAGCACUUUACCUGCUUUAUUACUUAGUGCUCAUUAUGAUGCAGUCCCAUCAAGUUUUGGUGUUACUGAUGAUGGUAUGGGUAUUGCUAGUUUAUUAGGGGUUUUAUAUCAUUAUUCCGAAAACACUACUGCUCAGCCAAAACGUACUAUUAUCUUUAAUUUCAAUAAUAAUGAAGAAUUCGGUCUUUAUGGUGCAACUUCAUUCUUAUCACAUCCAUGGUUUGAACAAAUUAAAUACUUUUUAAAUUUAGAAGGUACAGGUGCAGGUGGUAAAGCCAUUUUAUUCAGAGCUACCGAUUAUGGAAUUGUUAAAUUCUUUAAAGAUGUAAGAUAUCCUUAUGGUACCUCAAUUUUUCAAGAAGGGUUUAACAAUCAUCUUAUCCAUAGUGAAACUGAUUACAAGGUUUAUAAAGAAAAGGGUUCCAUUAGAGGUCUUGAUCUUGCCUUUUACAAACCUAGAGAUAUCUAUCAUACUGGUGGUGAUAACAUUAAGAAUAUAAAUAUAAAAGCUUUAUGGCACAUGCUUGCCAAUUCAUUGGAUUUCACUGAUAUCGUAUCAAGUCAACAAAUUGAUUUAGAUGAUGAAUAUCUUAAACAUGAAACUGCCAAUUAUAGUCAUGAUGUUGCUGCUUAUAGCAGUUUCUUGAACUAUUUCUUUGCUUUCCCAGUAUCUCAAGUUUUCAUUGUCAAUGUCGCAACUUUAUUAAUUGUUCCAAUUAUUGAGAUUCCAUUUUUACUCAUUAUUUUCAGUUAUAAAAAAGUUUGGAAAGUUAGCUUUUUAAAUGUUAUCAAAUUCCCAUUAUCAGUUGUACUUUCAUUAGUUGCUCUUCAUGAAGUUGUUAGAAAGACGGUUGAAUAUAAUGAGUUCUUACCAAACUCUGGUGCCGGCUUAUUGGUUGUUACUUAUUCAGCUAUAUUUUUAUUAAGUAAUUAUAUUGUACUUAACUUGUUCAAUGCAUUGAACGGAUAUAAAGUGAUUAAUCAUGAUGAAAAAUUGAUUGUUCUUUUUGAAAUCUCAAUUCUUUAUAAAAUCAUUUUAAUCUGGUCAACUAUAAAACUUGCUGAUAAUAAAAUUGGAGAUGAUCAUUCUGGUGAAUUCCCAUUUUUAUUCUUAUAUUUGCUCCAAGCUGUGGCAUCUAUUUUUGGAUUUAUCGGAUGGAGUUUGAAAUCAUCAAAGAAACCAACCAUUGUUGAAGUUUCUGAAGAAUCACAACCUCUUUUAUCUGAUCAAGGGGUAAGUUAUGGUUCUGAAGAAGGUGAACCAAGAUUCCUGGGUUCUUCAUCUUUAUCUUUUGAUGAGGAAGAUCUCUUUGCUGGACAUGAAAAAUUAAAGAAAUUCUUUAGUUAUGAUUGGUCAAUCCAAUUUCUUAUCGUUGUUCCACUUUCUUCAUUACUUAUUUACAAUUCAGGAUUUUUAAUCAUUGAUGGUAUUCAUAAAUCAAUCCAAGAAUCAUUGGCUUCAGAAUUCUUAAUUUACAAAUUCAUUCUUGUCUUUUCAGUUGCUUGGUCACUUCCAUUCUUACCUUUUGUUUUCAAAUUAAAUAGAAUCAUUGUUCUUGGUUUAUUAACUAUUGUUGCUUCAGGAGUUUUCUUAGCUGCCAUCACUGAACCUUUUGAUCAAUUAAAUCCUCUUAAAGUAAGAUUCAUCCAAACUGUUGAUUUGAAUUUAUCUGGCUCUGAUAGUUUUGUUAACGUAUACGGUAGAGUAGGUACUCCAUUAAGUGAUGUUCUUCUGGAUGUUCCUUCACUUAAGGAAUCUAAUGACAGUGUCAAUUGUACUGCCUUAACUGAUGGAAAUCAAGUCUGUUCUUAUAAAAGUAGCUUACCACCUCAUUUUGUGGAAGGUAUCAGUGAUUUCAAUGAUUAUUUACAAAUUGAUGUUCUUAAGAACUCUUCUUCAGGUACUGAUCAUCCAUUCGGAUUUUUGGUUGGUGAAUUCAAAAUUAAAGCUCCAAAGAAUAGAAUGUGUGUAUUAAAUUUCAAGAAUGCAAUUACUUCAAAUUCAGAAGGUUCAAAUUAUAAAGAUGUUCCAGUCAAAACUGUGAUCGUUUAUGACGAUAAAACGAAAUCCAAUCUUUCUAACGUAUUACCUCAAGAACUCAAUAUAGAAGCUAUUCCAGAAGGGUAUUCAAGAGAUGAAAAGGGUAAUUACAUUUUCAAAGAUCUUAAUGGUAUCAAUGAACUUCAAUUAAACAAACUUUCUUGGACCAAAGAUUAUCAUGUUGCAGUUCAAUGGGUACCUAAUUUAGUUGAAGACGCAACUUCAAAUAAACUUGCCGUUAGUAUUAAUUGUUUCUGGGCCGAUUUAGCUCCAUUAGCAACUGAAGACGGUGUUAUAGCUGCAAUUCCCGCAUACGACGAGUUAUUGCAUUACAGUCCUAAUUAUGUAAGUUGGGCUAAUAGAGAUAGAGGGUUAGUAUCUAUUUCAAAGUCUAUUGAGAUUUAA